CGCUAAGCUAUAAUGCUUACCAUGUUCACUGACUUAGUUUACUGUUCUAGAGGAAAUUUGCUCAACUUAAGUGACGCCAUACAUCAUGUGCAUGUCAUUUUGGGCUGGACUGGAUUCAUAAGCCCGCUCACUGGGACCACCGCCUUGAGAGAAUAAGAACCGGAAGCUCAAAACUUGAACUCGUGUUUAUCCUCAGAAUAGAUGGAAAGAAAUGACUGUAAUAAGAGAGGCCACAGUGUGCAGCUUGUCUCUACUUGGCUCCAUUGUCUUUGGCACGGACCCUCAAACAUGAACCUGUUCUGCCUCUCUCUGGAGGGCUCCACAGAAAGCAUAUAUAAACCAGCCUACAGCCAAACACUAAAGGAAGUUCUACCCAAGUACCAGUGCAGUCCUGCUCUUCUGAGGCGUAAGCCUGAAUGGGGUGGCUCAGAUCCAUCUAUCAAUUUUGGCCGGCCGCAGAGUACAGUAAAAGUAAAAAGGAAUAACAGAAGGUCAUGCGUGCCAACAUCACCCAUGGACAAUAACACAUUAGCAGACAAAGACAUUAAUCAUGUCUGCUGGAUGUCAUCAGGGGACAAGAAGGACUUAUCUCAUCAAAUGAAAGUCCAGAACAGAGAGAUGUGUAAAGCUCCCUGUCAGAGCAGGAUGUUGACAAGAGAUGACAGAGGGAAGGAGCUGAACUCUGACAGGACGCAGACAGAUCUACAAGCUCAGGGGGGUGAAACUGCAGCUGACACAGCAGAAUCAAUACACACCACUGGAAAACUAAAAAAGUUACAGAAUCUGGUGCAAACAAAGAAGGGACAUCAGAGUGGAGCUGGAAAAGGGAAGAGCACAUCUGAGAAUAAUGAUGCGUUGAGCAACAACAAUCCAAUGCUGACCUGCAUCGGGCUGGGGAAGAGAUCAGAGAAGAAGUCCUCUAAAGCCGCUCCGUCACCACUGCAGCAGCAACAACAGGCCAAAGAUGUCCAUGAAGAUUCAGAGGAGGAAGGAGUGUGGAUCCCACAGGCUGGACAUUAUCUGUGGAACCCUUUUGAGUGCCCACAGCCCUGGACUCCCUUACACCACACCUGUCACCAACCUCAGCAUGAACUGAUCGUCGGCGGUGGCACCUUGUCUCUGCCCCGGACGACAGAAUGGGAUCGUUUUGAGAGUUUGAUACAGGAACUGGACAGUAAACAGUCUGAUCUGUCUCCUCCACAAAAGAUCUGCUCCAUCACAGAUCAGCAGCUCUCACAAAACACAUCGACCAGAUUUGGGAGAUUUGAUGUGUUCAGACAGCGCUCGCCUUUAAUGAAACCCCAGGAUGAUGGAAGCUCUCUGCAAAAGCCGGAGCAGAUUGGUGAUCCAACCAAAGUGAGGCUGCAGAGGAGGGAAAAGGAGACCUCAUCACAUAGUGACAGGAAGCACGUCAAGGCGUCGCCAGAGAAAACGCUGACAGCCAUCAGUGUAUGUCAUGCACUCCACAAAGCUUAUAACGGAAACACGCAGAAAGAUGAAGCACAGAGGAGGGAAGCUGGUGGUGGGAGACCAUUUACUAAAGGACACAGGCUGUCCUGUAACUCUCUGGAAAGCCUCUACAGUGGACAAAGCUCCUCAUCAAGUGGAGUCACCAGUGGGUCAGGCUGCUCCAGUAACAGAGAUAGUCUGAGGCUGGAUGAGGAUCUAUUGUACACAAAACUGUUCUGUGGAAGAGCCAGAGUCCAUACAAACUUUGUGCCAAGUCCAUAUGACACAGAAUCCCUCAAACUCAAGGUGGGAGAUGUGAUUGACAUCAUCGCCAAGCCCCCCAUGGGAAUAUGGACUGGCAUGCUGAAUGGCAGAAUGGGAAAUUUCAAGUUCAUUUAUGUGGAUGUGCUAACAGAGGAGAGUCCUGAUGCACACAAGGACACACAAACCCACAGAGUGAGACAGAAAUCAACUGUCCAGGAAGUGUUAAAGCGCCUCAGUUUGGAGGAGUAUUCCUCGUCUCUGCAGCUGAACGGUUACCAAACAGUAGAUGAUUUGAUGAGGCUAAGGGAGCAUCACCUGACGGAGCUGAAUGUGACUGAUCCAGAGCACAGGCAUCGUCUGCUCGCCGCUGUCGACUCCCUGCAGCAACUGCGCUCUGAUAGGCAGUUGGAGAAUGAGGCCAAUCAAGAGGCCAAGACCCCCAGAGAGAACACAAAGGCAGAUAUGAACAACUGCCCAAGAGACUCCGGCUGCCACAUGCCAUCUGACAGCCCCGACAACAGCACAGAGGACACAGACCUUCACUGUAUCUCUGAAUACCCUCCACCAGCGGAGACAUCAGCUCCCUGAGAAUAAUCCUUACUUUCCAAUGCCUGUUUGAUUCCUCAUGUUACUGUUGAGAUGACUUGUGAACCAAAAGCUGUUUUUGUUUUUUUUAUUUCUUGCAGCUGUGUAAUUUUUAAUUAUGUUCAAUAAUAUGCCGUUGAUGAGCCUUUACCACAGCUAAUCCUCAACUCCACUACUGGACAUGUCUAUAACU